UACUUCUAAUGGGAUGCAUUUGCAGAGAGGAAGAAUUCCUCAUUUAAGAUGGGUAAUAAGCAAACGAUAUUUACUGAUGAACAGCUAGAUGCCUACCAGGAUUGCACGUUCUUCACUCGGAAGGAAAUCCUUCGGUUGCACGGCCGAUACCAUGAAAUGGCACCAAACGUUGUGCCCAUGGACUACACAAAGGACCCAGAUGUUAAACUACCUAUGCAGCUUAUAAUAAACAUGCCUGAGCUGAAGGAGAAUCCCUUCAAGGAAAGGAUUGUGGAGUCAUUCUCAGAAGAUGGAGAGGGGAGCCUGAGCUUCAAUGACUUUGUGGAUAUGUUCUCCGUGCUCAGUGAAAUGGCUCCCCGUGAACUUAAAGCAAUCUAUGCCUUUAAGAUUUAUGAUUUUAACACAGAUAACUUCAUUUGUAAAGCAGACUUGGAAAAAACCCUCAAUAAGCUGACCCGGGAAGAGCUGACAGCAGAGGAAAUCACUCUGGUUUGUGAGAAGGUGAUAGAAGAAGCUGACAUGGAUGGUGAUGGGAAAUUAGGAUUUGCAGAUUUUGAAAACAUGAUUUCCAAGGCACCAGACUUUCUCAGUACUUUCCACAUAAGAAUCUGAAUAUGUUUCUGCCAGUCCAUCCUUUCUGAAUCUCAGGCGCUCCAGGGACUUUUGUCCUCUAAUGAGGGCUUCUUAGAACUCAGCAGAAAGUACUGAAAGAAUUCUGGUCCACAAAGAGACAGAAGCAUCAUGUGAUCUACAGGAUAUUUGGAACAGACACAUUUUUAUCUUCUCUGCUGGCCAAGCACUCUGGCGAAGAUGGUUGGUUGUUGGAUUGUGGUACUUCUUUUUUUUCCUCCCUUUUUUUAAACAGUCAGAAUCAGAAUAUUAUUGAAGGUAUUUCCACAGAGUUUUUAUAUUUAUGAAUAUUUAAUACUGCUCUUAAAAGUAAAAAAAAAAAAAAAAAAAACAAAAAAAAAAAAAAAAAACAAAAAAAAACAAAAAAAAAAAACCAAAAACUGAGAGAUUAGCUUUGGUGUGUUUUCCAAGAGUAUUUGAAAGGAAGCAUGGGCCUUAAAUAAUGAGAUGCCUCUAUCACUGUGUUGUACAGCUGGGAUCUUGCAUGGAAAAUACCUGAGGUGAAAGAAUUGCAGCCAAGAUCAAGCUCCCAGUGUUGAAGACAGCCACAGCCCAGGUUUGCUUUUCAGCCACUAAAAUGGCAACUGCUGGGUUUGGUGCUUACCUUCAACCAAUAUUUUAUGGAUUGCUGUGUCCUUAUAAAACUUGAAAUAUUUGCCUUUUGUAUAUUAUAACUGUAUACGUGAUUCAUUUCUUCCCAAGAUAAAUGUUAAAACUGUGUCCUUAUUCUCAAAGGGGCUCCUGCAUUUUACUCAUUCUAUGGGCUGAUAAUGUUCUUGAAUGGAGGAACAUGGUCAUCUGUAAAUCAUGAAGAAAUUGAAGAAGCACAGAACUACUAUUAAGGACAUGAAAAGAUAUUUUCUUUCGGAACAAGCUAUGCAAUCUCUCCCAUAAAAUGCAUGAAUGCAGUUCUUUUUCUUUCCUCUCCAGCUGGAAAUCAGCUAGAUCUUUUUGUUGGUGUUUUUUGUUAUUGUUUUGGGUUUUUUAAUUUAUUUUUACUUCCAGUAUUGUUUAGGUACUGGGACCUGAAGACAAUCAUAUGUGUAUUAAUUACUGUUCUAACAGUCAAUAGAAGGGCUCUGUCACUUACAUGGCUUCUGUAUCAAGGUCAUCUCAAUUAAAACUUUUGAAGCAUUCUGUUGUGCUUUGAGAAUUUUUAGGCUGACCACAUACUAAUUUCCUUUCUGAUCAUUAUUCCAAUUACUAUAAAGUUAAAUCUUUCAAAGGAUGAAAUGUGUUACAUAGAAAACUGUUAAAGUAGAGAACCUGACCUGUCUAUCAUUUCUGUAGGGAUGGUGAUGCCUGUCUACCUCAGAAACUCUUCUGUGUGGUGAGCUUGCAGGGUAGCUUGCUGUUCAGAUUUACACACUAUGAAUAAAGAAGAAAUAUUUCUCUAGCAGUAUGUGUCUACAUUAAAAGUUUCAAUGGAAAUUUUGGAUAUUCAAAGUA